AUGGGGGACUCAGACCAGCGGCUGGUUCUGGGCAUGAACGUGGGGGACGGGCGCCAGACGCCUCCUGGGGAGCUGCGGACACCCACGCAGGAGGGUGAGGAGCUCAGGGCUCCUAUCCCCGAGGAUGUCUGCAGUGGUGACGAAACCAAAAUGCCAUCGAUGGACCAAGAAGAUGUGGAGGAAGAGUUGGACCCCAGGAUACAGGAAGAGCUGGAGCAUCUCAACCAGGCCAACGAGGAGAUCAACCGGGUGGAACUGCAGCUGGACGAAGCCAGGACCACAUACCGCAGGAUCCUCUCUGAAUCCGCCAGGAAGCUCAACACCCAGGGCUCCCAGCUGGGGAACUGCAUCGAGAAAGCACGUCCAUACUAUGAGGCCCGUCGCCUGGCCAAGGAGGCCCAGCAGGAGACACAGAAGGCAGCGCUGCGGUACGAACGGGCGGUCAGCAUGCACAAUGCCGCCCGUGAGAUGGUCUUUGUGGCGGAACAGGGCGUCAUGGCCGACAAGAACCGGCUUGACCCCACCUGGCAGGAGAUGCUCAACCAUGCCACCUGCAAGGUGAAUGAGGCAGAGGAGGAGCGGCUGCACAGCGAGCGGGAGCACCAGCGCGUCACCCGGCUUUGCCAGCAGGCUGAAGCCAAGGUGCAGAGCCUGCAGAAAUCCCUCAAGCGUGUCAUCGUAAAGAGCAAGCCCUACUUCGAGCUCAAGGCCCAGUUCAACCAGAUCCUCGAGGAGCACAAGGCCAAGGUGACAGGGCUGGAGCAGCGGGUCUCCCAAGCCAAAAUGUGCUACUCGGUGGCGCUCCGUAACCUGGAGCAGAUCAGUGAGCAGAUCCAUGCCCGGCGGCUGCAGCGCCUCAUCCAACGCCGGGCCUCUCCAGUAGGGGCAGAGGCGGGGGCCGGGCUGGGCGCCGAGUGCCCCCCCACGGACACACUCUCCAUGCUCAGCUUGCAGACCAUUGCCUCCGACCUGCAGAAGUUUGACUCGGUGGAGCAUCUGCUGGGGCUGUCGGACGCCACCAGUCUCAACAGCGAUGAGCUGGAGGAGCAGGAGCAGCGCCGGGGCGGGCAGAGCCAGUUCAAGCACCACCGCAGCGUCAGCCUCUAA